UUUUUCUUUCUUGUAGUUGUGUAAGCUAGUCUAGGUUCUGUUCUACACCGUGUUAUCCAACCUAGAUCUAGGUCUACUUGUGGUUAGCUAGAUCUAGUAUUAUUUCUAUAUUUUUUUCCCCACAUGUUCAGUGUUAAAAAAUAUUUAACUUGUUCUUCACAAUGAUAAGCUAGAUUAUUAGACAGUCUAGUGAAAGAUUUUGGAAUCGAGUCCUGAUUCUAGAUCUGAGUCUGAGGUUUUCUUGCCCGGCUUCGUAGAUCUAUGACCUAUGAGUUGAGAAUACUCUGAAUCUGAACUGUCACAGUGACGUUAAAUGCUCUUAGUAGUACAGUAUUAAGAGUGAUUUCUCUUUGUUAAGGCUAGUCACGCCUGUUGGUUGAUUUUUUUUUCUAGAUUAAAUUAGACCAACAAAAUUACAUCUGAGUCUGAUAUCUACACUCAUUUGAGUACCACCAACAAUGCCUAUGGCACAGCUAGACUCCACAGGGCUAGCAGAACUAGCACAUAGAGAAUAUCAAGCUGGAGACUAUGAAAGAUCAGAGCAGCACUGCAUGCAGCUUUGGCACCAGGAACCGGACAAUACAGGGGUUCUUUUACUUCUCAGUUCUAUACAUUUCCAGUGUCGACGUCUAGAAAGAUCUGCCUAUUUUAGUCAGCUGGCUAUUAAACAGAACCCUAUGUUAGCAGAAGCAUAUUCCAAUCUAGGCAAUGUUUUCAAAGAACGCAACCAGUUGUCUGAAGCCUUAGAAAAUUACCGCCACGCAGUACGCCUCAAGCCUGACUUCAUAGAUGGUUAUAUCAACUUAGCUGCAGCUUUGGUAGCCGCUGGUGAUAUGGAACAAGCAGUGCAAGCAUAUGUUACAGCACUACAGUAUAAUCCAGAUUUAUAUUGUGUGCGAAGUGAUUUAGGAAACUUGUUGAAAGCUCUGGGUCGAUUGGAUGAGGCUAAAGCAUGUUACUUAAAGGCCAUAGAAACCUGCCCGAAUUUUGCAGUUGCUUGGAGUAACUUGGGUUGUGUGUUUAAUGCCCAGGGAGAGAUCUGGCUGGCCAUUCAUCACUUUGAAAAAGCUGUAGCUUUAGAUCCAAACUUUCUUGAUGCAUACAUUAAUUUGGGAAAUGUUUUGAAAGAAGCUCGGAUUUUUGACAGAUCAGUUGCUGCUUACUUGAGAGCACUGAAUCUCAGCCCAAAUCAUGCUGUGGUCCAUGGGAACCUCGCUUGUGUCUAUUAUGAACAAGGUUUGAUUGACUUAGCCAUUGACACAUACAAAAGAGCCAUAGAAUUGCAGCCCAACUUUCCAGAUGCUUAUUGUAAUCUAGCCAAUGCUCUCAAAGAGAAAGGACAGGUCAAAGAAGCUGAAGAGUGCUACAAUACAGCACUGCGGCUAAGUCCUACUCAUGCUGACUCUUUGAACAAUCUCGCCAAUAUCAAAAGAGAACAAGGCAACACUGAGGAAGCAGUGAAACUCUACCUUAAAGCUCUUGAGGUGUACCCAGAGUUUGCAGUGGCUCAUUCCAAUUUAGCUAGUGUCUUACAACAGCAAGGCAAACUACAUGAAGCACUCAUGCAUUACAAGGAAGCCAUCAGGAUCUCACCCACUUUUGCUGAUGCUUAUUCUAACAUGGGUAAUACUCUUAAAGAGAUGCAGGAUAUACAAGGGGCUCUUCAGUGUUACACAAGGGCUAUUCAGAUCAAUCCAGCUUUUGCUGAUGCCCAUAGUAAUUUGGCAUCUAUACACAAGGAUUCCGGCAAUAUACCAGAAGCAAUAGCUUCUUAUAGAACCGCUUUGAAAUUAAAACCAGACUUUCCUGAUGCUUAUUGCAAUUUAGCUCAUUGUCUGCAGAUUGUAUGUGAUUGGACAGAUUACCCUAGUCGUAUGAAACGUCUUGUGCAAAUAGUUAAUGAUCAACUUGAAAAGAAUCGAUUGCCCUCAGUUCACCCACACCAUAGUAUGUUGUACCCCCUCACACAUUCAAUGAGAAAGUCAAUAGCUGCGCGUCAUGCGAGUCUAUGCCUGGAGAAGAUAAAUGUUCUGCACAAACCUCCAUACCACCAUCAGAAGGAGCGACGGUCUACGGGAAAUCGUUUACGUAUAGGAUAUGUUAGCUCUGAUUUUGGCAACCACCCUACAUCACACCUAAUGCAGAGUAUCCCUGGACAUCAUGAUAAGAAAAGAGUUGAGAUCUUCUGUUACUCCCUGAGCCCAGAUGACAGCACUACUUUCAGACAGAAGAUUUCACAGGAAGCUGAACAUUUCAUUGACUUGUCCAAGAUCCCGUGCAAUGGGAAAGCUGCAGAUAAAAUUCAUGCUGAUGGCAUUGACAUUCUGGUCAACAUGAAUGGUUACACUAAGGGAGCUAGAAACGAACUGUUUGCCCUUCAGCCAGCACCAGUUCAGGUGAUGUGGCUUGGCUAUCCAGGAACAUCUGGUGCUUCUUUUAUGGACUACAUUAUUACAGAUCCAAUAACAUCACCAUAUGAACUAGCCUCCCAGUACUCUGAGAAAUUGGCCUACAUGAAAGACACAUUUUUCAUUGGUGACCACAUGAACAUGUUUCCUCACAUGCAGAAUCGUCUCGUUUUGAGAGUCACUGAUGCUAGUGGUCAGCCAACCAAAUCUGUCAUGUAUCUGAAUGCUUUGGAUCUAGAAACCAUCAAGACAUUAGCUACAGCUAUUGAAGAAGUGACCUAUACUGCACUACAUGGAACUACAACUGAUCUACCUGAUGGCAGUCCGGCUACAGUUACCAGUACUAUCAUUGAGUUACCUCAAAAUGUUGUCCAAUCUUUUCAAACAAUGAUAGCAUCCAAUCAAGCUCAAAUAAUGGUGAACAACAUCAUAAUUCAGAAUGGUCUGACAACAAACCAGACUAACAACAAAUCUGCCACUGGGGAAGAAAUUCCAAGAUGUGUUAUUUUAUCAUCAAGACUUCAGUAUGGUCUGCCUGAUGAGGCUAUUGUAUACUGCAACUUUAAUCAACUCUACAAGAUUGAUCCUAGUACAUUGGAAAUGUGGUGUGAUAUACUCAAGCAAGUACCAAACAGUGUUCUGUGGUUGCUUCGCUUCCCAGCUGUUGGUGAAACUAACAUUCAUCAAACUGCUCAGAGUUAUGGUCUCUCUCCUGGUCGAAUUAUUUUCUCCAAUGUGGCACCCAAGGAAGAACAUGUUAGGCGUGGUCAAGUAGCAGAUGUUUGUUUAGAUACACCCCUAUGUAAUGGGCACACCACUGGCAUGGAUGUUCUCUGGGCUGGCACACCUAUGGUCACUUUACCAGCUGAAACACUGGCUUCUCGAGUGGCUUCAAGCCAGCUCCAUUCCCUUGGCUGUCCAGAACUUGUGGCCAAUUCAAGAGAGGAAUAUGUCAGCAUAGCUGUCAAACUUGGAACUGAUCCAAAUUAUUUGCAAGGCAUGAAAACCAAAGUGUGGCAAGCUCGUACAAGCAGUCCUCUGUUUAACACAAGAAUUUAUGCCAACAAUUUGGAGAAUCUGUUUGAACGCAUGUGGGAACUUUAUGAACAGGGUCUUGAACCAGACCACCUGAUAAAACCCUGGACAAUGAUGAAUGGCUCUGUAUAAUGUUUAAUGAUGGUGAGAGCAGUGGCCUGAAGCCAGACCACUUGAUAAAAAUCUGAACUAUGAUGAAUGGCUUUGUGUAACGAGAUGGCAAGAUUCAAAACACUUGAUAAAAAUCUGAACUUUGAUGAAUGGCUUUGUAUAUAUGAUGAAGAGAGAACAGUGGCAAUAUAAAGAGGACUAUGCUGUGUACUAUGUUCAAAAUGUCUUUCCUUAUGUGUUGAUGUUAUUGAAUACUGUAAAUAUAUUUAUUUCUGUUCUGCUUCACCCUUUUGUUUUAGUUUCCUUGUUAGAGAUGUACAUAAAACAGUUCACGCCUAGUUUUGGAAUUGUGUAUUAUAAGUAGGAUUAUUUUCAUUGGUCUGGGAUGUGGAGAAUAAAAGUUGUCUUUGUA